AUGGCUUCCGCAGCCACCGCAACACACCAGGCUGGCCCGGCUGCGCGUGCAUCAGUUGCUUCUGCUGCUGCUGCCACGCCGACCAACGACGGAGCGUCUCCAGACCUGGCCCAGCCUCUGCCACAGACAUGGGAUGGUCUAGACACGCGCAUUCUUACCGAUCUGGCCCGGCGCGGUCUCAUGUCUACCUUAGACACCAUCAAAGAGGCAAAGACGCUCAUGCUUGACCCUUCGCUCGCAGGUCCGCUCGGUCUCGUCGCCGAUGUCUCCAGCUUGAAGCAGCAUGGUGUCGAGAAGAUGUUCUGGCUCGAGCCCGCUUCGCCCGCCUUUGUCUCGAGGAACGAUAUGAGUCAUUCGCAGUCGCAAUCGAAAGCAGGUCUCAAAAGCGUCAAUGCUCCCACCAAAUCCGUCGUCUACAUCUGCCGUCCAGAGAUCAAGUGGAUGAAAGCCAUCGCAGAACACCUUCGAGCCGAUCGUAGUGUUCGUCCCACUUCUCCACUCCAGCACACGUACACAAUCUCGUUUGUGCCUCACAGGACCGAACCGUGUCUCCAAUUCCUCGAUCAAGAAGCCGUGCUCUCGGACGUCUCGCUCCUCGACUUUGGCCUCGAGUUCGUUCCGCUGGACAACGACCUGAUCAGCCUCGAAGACGACGCAGCCUGGAAAAAGAUCUACUGCGAUGGCGAUCACACGCCCAUCUUUCGAUCGGCGCAGGCGCUCAUGACACUCCAGCACGCUUACGGUCUGUUUCCUCGCAUCUUGGGCAAAGGCACCCUCGCACGUCGAUUGGCCGACCUGCUCAUCCGUCAGAGGCGAGAGCAUCUCGCAUCGGAUCCAUCCAGUCCUGCACUCACCACGCCGAGCCAGCUGAUUGACAGUCUUAUCAUCAUAGAUCGCGCUGUCGACUAUGCUACACCGCUGUGCACACAGCUCACCUAUGAGGGGCUUGUUGAUGAGGUCGUCGGCAUCAGUAAUGGUCACGUCGAGGUAGAUCCUGCCUUGCUCACGGGUCAGCCGCAGACGGCGGGAGUCGGGGGCCAACCGCACGCCUCUGGCAGUGGCACUCCACUGCAGAUGACAACAACCCCCAAGAAGCGCAAGCAUCGUCUGGACCCCGCCAGCGAUCUGCUGCUUGCCGAAAUUCGCGAUCUCAACUUUGCCGUUGUGGGCGACCGUCUGCAUCGUGCUGCCAAGCGGCUCAAUCAGGACUACGAGGGGCGCCACCAGGCAAAGACGGUCUCACAGAUCCGUGCUUUUGUGGGUAAACUGGGCGGAUUGCAGUCCGAACAUGCGUCUCUGCGCCUGCACACGGGUCUGACAGAAAAGAUCAUGGAAUGGACUGCGAGGGAGGAGUUUAACCGGAUGCUCGAGGUGCAGCAGAACACGGUCGCGGGCAUUGAUUUGCCGGGACAAUACCAGGCGAUCGAGGACAUGGUGAAUGAGGAACGCGAUCUCGUGGGCGUGCUCAGGCUGCUGUGUCUCACCAGCGUCGUGGGUCUGGGCAGCAUUGCGGGAGGUAUCAAGGCCAAGAACCUCGAAUUUGUCAAGCGCGAGAUCUUGCAGACGUACGGCUACCAGCAUUUGCCGUUGCUGCUGGCGUUGCAGAAGGUUGGACUGCUGACGCGUGCUUCUUCUGCGCCUGCUGGGGCUGUGAGCUCGGGCGGGUUUGGUGGGGCGCUGUCGAGCGUUGUCGGCGGCGGAUCCUCUGCGAAUGCGAGUGGAGACACAGAGGGUAGCGCGGAGGAGGGGGGCAAAGGCGGAUUCGCGUCGGUGCGCAAGAGCUUGCGUCUCAUCAAUGACGAUGUUGACGAACGUGCACCCGCGGACAUCUCGUACGUCUACUCUGGCUAUGCACCGCUCUCGAUUCGGCUGGUGCAAGCGGUGGCGCAAAAGGAAGCGCUACUGGACCCGUCGCGCUCCGAACCGCGAGCUGGGCGCACCAUCAAGCCGCGUGCUCACCCCAUCGUCGGCUGGCGCGGAUUCGCGGACGCGGUCAAUCAGCUUCCGGGCGCCACGUUCGACGAGAUUCAGUCUGGAUCUUUCGCUGGCGAGCAGGGCGCGACCUCGACAGCGUCGUUGUUACCGCCGACGGAUCCGGACGCAGUGACGACGACACUCGUGUUCUUCCUCGGUGGCGUCACGUACACCGAGCUGGCAGCGCUGCGGUUCAUGAAUGCGCAAACGCGCAAUCGUCGCUUUGUGGCGGCGACGACGAAUACCAUCAAUGGGAACAAGAUGAUUCACGACCUGGGCGAGGGUCGGGUCUAG